UCGCCAAUUCGUGAGUUAGAGAAGCAUUCAACACCAGCCGGGUUCGAUUCGAUAGGCCAACUGGACGUGAUGCCCCGGAGAGUGUUGUGACAGCAUAGAAGCGCGAGAGGCACGAGGUAAGCUGAUCGCCGUCACGUCCCGUCCCGCCCGAGAUGAGAUGACUUCUUGGAAACCUGGGGCGGGUAGAUGGGCGCAGCUUCGGCAACCUUCGGCUCGGCACACGGGGUCAAAAGGUGGGGGGACCAAGUAGCCGGUACCCAGAGAUGCUGGCUUCCAGUGCGUACCGUUUAGAGUGUGUCAGGAGGAAAGUGUACCUAGCGGAGCCCAGCAUAGAAGGGUGCUAGAAUGUAGAGGGUACUUAUACAGGUACGCACCUGGUGGUGGGUAAUCAGAGCCCUGGGAGAGGUGACGUCCCUGGCGCGGCUUUUCAAAUCGCUCCUCCGUCGUAAAUCCCGGCACUACCUCCGUACAUCCAUUUCUCUCCAUUCCUUUCCUUUCUACCCUCUCUGCCGUCGCCAGCACUCCUGUUGCCAGGCGCCCUUCUUGCCAGCCAACCUCGCCCGCUGUCCCGACUUCCAGCUCGCCUUAUCCGCAGCCAGCGACACGGCCCUUCGAAUCCCACGCCCGCGAGACAUAGACAUGCGCUGCUGAUUCCGACCCCGUUGCAGUCGCUUGCGAGAACGAGUCGGUGGCGCAGGAAUGCCAUCGGCGCCCGCGAACCAUGUCUCGAUGUCCGAGUUCCCCUCUCAGCGAGAAGGUGACACCGGCGCCAUCGUCAGCAAAAUGGACGGCGUCGUCAGAAAAGCCGGCAACGUCGUCGCCGGUACUCCUACCCACGGCAGGACCUCAGAUCCCGCUGAUGGCGGGCACCCGGUAGCAGCGGCGGGGAGCCGGCCCGAUAAGCAUAGCGUGGGCUACAUGUUGCGCUCCGGCAUUGCUGGCGGCAUCGCUGGGUGCGCGGCCAAGACUACCGUUGCGCCGCUCGACCGAGUCAAGAUCCUCUUCCAGACCAACAACCCCCACUUCGCGAAAUACACGAGCUCGUGGAUCGGCGUAGCGCGGGCGAUGGGCGACAUCUAUGCUCACGACGGAGUUUUGGGGUUGUUCCGCGGACACUCGGCCACGCUAUUGAAGAUAUACCCCUACGCCGCUAUAAAAUUUGUCGCUUACGAGCAGUACCGCGCCUUCAUCAUUGGCUCGAAGCAGCAGGAGACAUGGAUACGGCGCUUCGCCAGCGGGGCACUAGCUGGCGUGACCUCCGUCUUCUUCACGUACCCCUUGGAGGUCGUCCGCGUGCGCUUGGCCUUCGAGACAAAGCAUAGGAGUUCGUCGCUCGCUGGUAUCUGCAAGAAGAUCUACCACGAAUAUCCUCUGCCGAAGUCGCCACUCGCCGCUGUUCAAUCGGGUUCCGCGACGUCCGCUGUGCAGGGCGUGGUAUUGGGCUCUGGUCUGGUCAACUUCUAUAGGGGAUUCUCAACCACUCUCUUAGGUAUGGUGCCGUAUGCUGGCGUGUCCUUCUUGACCCACGAUACCGUCGGCGACAUCCUCCGCCUCCCCUCCAUCCAGAAAUACACUACGCUACCCAAGCCGGCCAACUCCCCGGUAGAUAAGCCUGCCCCGCUUCGCGCGUGGGCCGAGCUCACCUCCGGAGGAAUCUCGGGUGCUGUCUCGCAGACGGUGUCUUAUCCACUCGAAGUUAUCAGACGGCGGAUGCAGGUCAGCGGCGCCGUGGGGGACGGCCGUCGCCUCAGGAUCGCUGAGACGGCUAGCAUGAUCUUCCGAGAGCGAGGCGUCCCGGGCUUCUUCGUCGGGCUGACAAUCGGCUACGUCAAGGUGGUGCCCUUGGCCGCCGUCAGUUUCUAUACUUAUGAACGGCUGAAGACAGUAUUCGGUAUUUGAAUAUGGAAACCCCGCAGACGCGGAGAAUCGAUAACUCCUUCGGCGGAGCGCAGGCGUUUUCUGGUAUGCAUACACGCCGAUCUAGACACGGCGCGGCGGAUCGGAGUUCAGAUCGCAAUCGGCAUUCGGGAGAGGGUGAAGGUGGUUUCUAACCUACGCCUACAGAUGUGCUGAUAACAGCG